GGGCAAUGCAUGCAGUUUGCCCUGCAAUUCUAGGACCAUGCACAUUUGACUUGGGAGAAAAAGUCUUUUUUUAUUUAUUUAUUUUUAAACCAAAAGCAGGCCGAAUGCAGCUGCCCACAUCCACAGUUCAAUGCGUGGAAUAUGUAACUUUUGCAAAACUGGAAAUUCCACACAUUGCGAGUAAAUAGAACAAACAGCAACUUUUAAACAAAUGAUAGGUUUUUUUUGUUUGUUUGUUUGUUUGUUUCAGGUGGUUUACACAUAGAAAUAAUGUAUAGGCUUUUAACGUUGAUGACCGUCCCAAAGCAUCAAACAAUGUGGAUGUACAUAAACGAGGACUGCUAGUUGUGAGCAUAUUCAAUAAACUGAUGGUUUGACUGAUUUUUUUUUUCCUCUUUUGCGUGUAGUAGGAAGAAUUGUACUUAUUUAUUUAUCUAUUCUGGUGUAAAAUGGAAUCAGCACCAUAUCCUUGUAAUGACGGAGUGCAGCAAAAAGGGAAUGAGGGAGGGUGGGGGAUAGGAGAAGGUGAAAUAAAUGAUAUUCUGGAAUGAUUUUAAACGAGUGUCUUGUUCAUUUUCUUUUUAGUGUGUGUUAAAUGUUAAAAUUACAAGAAAAUUUAAAGUUAUGGAGAAAUGAUUUGUCAAUAAGAUCCAAUAAAUAAUUGUCUACUGAUCAUACAAUUACAAACUAUAAGAUAUAACAGCAAAUCGAGCAUGAACUCAGUGCAUCUUGGCUAUUGUUAUUUUUACAAUUUAAAAAUAUGAAAAAACACCUUUUUUAAACAAUUGUAUAACAUGUUUUUUUUCUUCUGAUGCAGUUUUUUGUAUUAUUAUGUUAAAAACUAAUUUCUUUGUUUCAAUGGCAUUUUUAAACAAUUUGAAACAUUUGUCAGACUUCAUGCCAAACAAUCAGAAUAAAGCGUAGAGUUUCAGCUGUUUUUAAUUACAUUAUUUUUUAAUCUAAGCCCAAACAUUCCUAUAAUUAAAGUGCUUUUUGACCCAAUUCUGCAGACUUUUUGGAGAUUUUUUUUAAAUAUAUAUUUUAACCAGGUUUCUUAAGACAGGCUUUUCGUUUGAACUGAACCACCCAAAUGCCUGAUUUAUUUUUCUUUUAUUUAAUUCUGUACCACUUUGAAAAUAGGAAUCAACCAAUUAAGAAACUGUUUUAUAAAAAAUUUACUUGAAGCCUGUAGCAAAGAGCAAAUGUGUUCCCAUUUUUAUUUAAUUUGCAUAAAAUCCCCACAGAUAACAGAAAAAUAGUGCUUUAACGCUACCCAGACAAAAUAUUCAUACUUAUUUUAAACAAAUAUCAUAAGAAAAAAGAUUUAUAGUAUUUAUUCUUAUUCCUAACUUUUUUUUUGCUACAAUGAAAAGACAGAUUGCACAUGCCGCCCCCUAUUGGUCAUUACAGGACUUCACCUUUAAUUAGCAAUGCUAAAGAAACAAAAAAAAAGAAAAAGCUAACAAACGUUAUUAAAACGGACACAAUAAUGCUACAAGGCAUUUAUUUUAAUUUCAGUCCACUGUACAGCCUCUUUUGAGCUUUUUGGCGAGGAAAAAGGAAGAAAAAUCUCAUUUCUACCCCUAACCAUCCAGCAGAACAUCCAUCAACAGCUGCUCUAAUUGAAACAGCUGUGCACGGUUGCUUGGCACCGCGGAGCAAGGGAAAUGUUUAGCUAGCUGUCAUGAGGAGGAGAACUGGUGAGCUAAAGAAAACAUCGUGUGGAAAUUACUUUGAUGGUGGAAAAUGCCUCCAUCAAAGCGCAGAGUAAAGCUUCGUAGUGACACUGAGAUUCCCGUGAAACGAAAUACACCCCUGAAGGUAGCACCAAGGCAACGAUAUGUGUCUAAACCGGUGGUCUUCAUCAGACGUUGUGAUACAUUACUAGAGGAGCCUGAAGUGGUUGAUGGAAAUCAGCCUGCAGUUAAAACAGUAAACCCAGUAAAAGUUAGUGCUGCACCGCUUCACUGCAAACGCGUUCCAGGCAUAAGUACCCCUGCAAGUUAUGACGGCACAAGAACUUCCACACCUGUUACACCAGCCAAUAAACAACCUUAUCUAAAUAUGGAAGAGAUGAUCAUGCUAGAGGCUUUUAAAAGUGAAGAAACUCCAGGAAGUGUCACGUCUUACAGCACGGAGCCAACUUUCAACUCUGAUGAUGAUGAUGAGGAUGAUGAUGAUGACACUCCCUACUCAUCUUCCUCCACCUUGAGCAGCCUUCCCUCCCCAGAGAUCUUCAGAAAAGAAAGCAGCGCUUUUCCAAAUGAGGACGAGUUACUGGGUCUGCAUUUUCUGCAUGUUAAAAAUUCCACCUUGUUGGACGUUAGUCAUGCAGAGAACGUGCACACGCAUCAUCCAUCCAACAUUUCUGCCAUCUUAGAUGCCUCUACAAGUCUUGCUGCAAAGAACCAUGAGAUCAGCCAACCGAGAAGACCUGAAGAUAAAAGCAAACCACAAAUGGACUCAGAAAGUCGCUCGAAAGGGAAAGCUUCACCAAAACUCACUUGGAGAACGCAUGUUGUCCGUAAGAAGAAGGUUUGGUUUAAAAGUCCCAUCGCUGCUGAGAUUUCCAAAGCCAAACCCUUCACAUCCUCCACGUCAACACUUCAGAACACCAGUGAGUCAUCCAGCCCUCGUGGAAAAGUCACACCUGAUACGAAGAUCGGUUGUAAAACUAAAACAUCGCCUCAUUUGAUGACUCUGAAAAUACCUGUGAAAUCUGGUUCUGAGCAAGCCUUGUUCUUUGAUUUUGUCAGUAAUGAUGAAAGGGAAGCCUUUUUUAAGAAGAUGAGAGAAAGGUGUGCCAAACUCACAAGUUCUGUUUUCUUUCCUUUUGGACUAGGUGCACAAAAUAGCCUGUGAUAGCUAAAUACAUCUUGAUUUGUGAUUAAUUUUUUUGUCCUAUUGUCUAUCAUUUUGUGUAGGACACCUUUUCUGUUUGUCCCUUAACAGUAAACAUAUUUUACAGGGUGACGUGACUCUAAGGAAAUGAAUGGAGACAAACGUAUGUGUUAGUUUCAUCUAGAAGCUAAUCAGUUCUAUUUGCAUGGUUCAAGUUGGUAUGCUGCGGCUCAAUGAGAACAUUCAAAUGAAAAGAUGCUCUACCUUCACUUUUUACAUGCUAUCAAAAUUAUCAUUACAAAAAGUGACCACUAGGGGACACGCCUAGCUAUACUUUAGCACUAGUCCUGAAAAAGAGUUUAUUUGUGAUUUAUGUUUGUAAAAUACUCCGACCUAUUUGUACUUUUAUUUGGUGUUAAUUAAUGUAAAUGUUGCUCGUUUGUCUCUUACUCUUUACUUUAGCUGCAAAAAUAUGAAUGUAAAUUUUGAAAGUGUUGUAAGGUUACUUUUUAGUGUUUAUGUGUAUAUUUAUUUAAAAUUGUACUUGUGUCUCAAAAUAUUGAUAAUAAAAGGAGGA